AUGUCUCUCCCUCCUCGCCCCACUCUCCCUCCUCCCCUGCUCAACGCCACGCCCGACGAUGCGCGCAUCUACUUCGACCGUGCCUCGGCCUCGUGGCGCUGCGAAGUCGACGAUGCGGCGCGCGAGCAGCUGGGCGUGGCCGCCGUCGGCGUGGCGGAGAUGGAGUGGCAGGCGCAGGGCGAGAGAUGGAAGCCCGUGCUGGACGAGGAGGAAGUGAGGCGACAGCAGCAGGCGUAUGGAGUGAGCGGCGUCGAUGAAGAGACGCCCGCCGCUCCCAUAGCUCGGCGCCUCGCCAAGCGCACUGCCGCCGAGGCCGAGAUUGACUUUACUGGCGCAUCCGGUCCCUCGAAAGCCUCCAAGCCGGAGAGCAAGGAGAAGCAGGCGCGCGAGAGAGGGCCGAAGCAGACGACUGCCGUCUUUGUCUCUGGCCUGCCGCUCGAUGCGUCCGUCGAGGAGAUUGCGGCCGUGUUUGAGCGCUACGGCGUGCUGGCCGAGGCAGACGACGGCAAGCCUCGUGUGCGCAUCUACGAGGAUGAGCAAGGCAGGCCAAAGGGCGAGGCCUUGGUGACGUACUUCAAGGCCGAGAGCGUCGAGUUGGCGGUGGCGGUGUUGGACGAGAGUUGUUUGCGCGCGGCACAGGGCCAACAAGCGCCCGUGAUGCACGUGAGCAAGGCGCAAUGGAAGGCGGAAAAGGGGAAGAAGAAGGAAAAAGAAGAGGAGAAGAAGCCAAAGGAGAAACGCACGGAACAGGAGAAGAAGGAGGCAAAGCGGAGGUUCGAGAAGCUCAACGGCAAACUCACAGCCUGGGACUCCGACGAGGACGACUUUGGCCCCGCUGGGCCAUCUGGUGCUCCCGCAUUGCCCGGCUCUGGUGCCGCGGGGGGCAACGAGGCACGCAUCGUGGUGCUGGAGAAGAUGUUCACGCUGGCGGAGCUCGCCGCGGAGCCGACGCUGCUGCUGGAUCUCAAGGAAGAUGUCAGAGAGGAAUGCGAGGGCUUUGGCAAGGUGACAAACUGCACGCUGUGGGACAAGGAGCCGCAAGGGAUCAUCUCGGUCAAGUUCUCCACGCCCGCCGCCGCGGCGGCCUGUGUUCAAAAAAUGGCAGGUCGCUUCUUCGGCGGCCGCUCCAUCGUGGCGUAUCUGGCCGCGGGCAAGCCCAAGUUCAGACGUUCGGGCGCGGAGGACGAUGCGGCAGAGGAGGCGGAGCGGGCAGAUCGAUUCGGCGAAUGGCUGGAUGGAGGCGGAGAUGAAUGAUGAUGGGCCGUGUUGCGCGAUGCAGUGCGAUGGGAGGAUGACGUGUGAAGGCAGGUGCGAGAGAAGGAAGAAAGG